CGGGAACACUCAGGUUUAAGCUGGCCGCGCGCGCCAAAAGGCUUGCUUCGUCAAAUUUAAAGGCUCCGCGCUUAAAAGCUGUACCGCACGAGCUUAUCGCGCGCGCGCGCGAGCUUUUGCUACCACUAUUAAAGAGUUAACGCAGGCGUAUCGCAUCGCCCUUUGCGGUAUCGCCGUCGUCACCGCCUCCACCACCUCCGAUGACGGCGAUAUCGAGGGACAGGGCGAGACGCGCUCUCGGAUACUCGGUCAGUGCGCGCUUCCCCGCGCCGGCGGCCCGUCGCAAGACAGUCGUCCGGACGUGGUCGGUGUCCAGCGUCGCGGUGGAUCAGCGGAUGCUGCAAUCAGCGGCGCGUCGGCGGCCGCUCGUGCCCGACAUAUUGCGGGCUUGCGGAAAUAGCAACUUUUCAAACCGGACGGACACCUUCCUUAUGUAGCAAGACAUCGGAAUAUGCGAGAAAGCGCUUUAGCCGUGCUACUGGCAUGGACACUUGCAGCCCAGCAGGGGCUAUGCGGCAAGUUGGAGAAGAUCGCCCAACAACCAAGCAAUGUCUUGGUAGAUUAUUACGCCUAUCGUCAUAUCUCGAUCAUCCACUUCAAUGUGCCCGAACGUACCGUCGCGGUUGCCUUCAAAUUCACAGCAAAAGAAGAAAAAACUGGCGGGAUAGGUAGAUGCACACCGCUCAACAUUUCGUUGUAUCUAAAAUCCGCCAGUUUGCCAUUUGUUUGUCCCGAUGGAUCGAAGGUGGCUGCAAAGCUGAUAGAGAAGAAGAAACGUCGGCGACAGUACAGUUUAGAGAUGCAGAGUGACGGCGAGCAAUAUAUAAUCAAGAUAGAGGCUCCGCCGGCGGGCGACUGGUACGCGAUCGCUUUUCGAUCCUGGACCGAUCCUGAAGACGGAAAGAUCAAACAGCAAGGUCUCAGUGCGUCCUGUGAGACCGUAAUGGACGCUGAAAUGUUCGUGGAGAUGCCAGCUACGACGUCAUUAGUAGAUUCUGAGAUUGAAUAUAAGGUGCAGCUGGACGAGACCUCCGACACAGCGAUAGUACAAUAUUUUGUGCCGGACGUCGGUCUCGACGACCUGACCCUGUUCUUGAAGUCGUCUUGCGGCGAAGAUUGCAGCAUUGUCGUCUACGUCACGGCGGAGGAUAAUCUCGCCGAUGGCCUGCUCAACUCCACGGCAAUGUUGCUAUCCUUCAAGCCCUACGUAGCCAACUUCCACUUUGUGACCCUUCGUCUAUUGUCAGGAAAUGCGUCGAAUGUAACGAUGCAAUUGUCGAUGAGCUACCAAACAGAUAUCGGAGUCGGUCAGGUGACGCCGGUGGUGCUGUCACGAAAAUCCUUCCCUGAGUUUUUCCUCUUCGACUACGAACACCUGCUUGGCAACGACACGAAGCCCCAACCCUUUAACGUAACUGCCGAGUCUCUCUCCGUCCUUAGUUUCGAGAUCGGUCGGGUGUACGAUGUCGGCGGCACGGUCACUCUCGGCUUCAAGCUGAUCGACGUGGAGGAGAAGUACAAAAAGAACAUUGUCCUCGUGGCCUGUGUUUCCUUAGGGUACUACACGAACAUCACUUCUGGCGGUGGUUGCGUCCGCGCGCGGAGUCUCACGACGGCGGACAUGUACGUGAAUGCGACUGAACCAGCUUACGUGCACGUGCCCUUCCCCGAGGCAGGCACCUGGUACGUUAGUCUUCGCGUCUUCUGCCCCGAGGAAGAAAAGGAAGGAGCGGAGGAAAAGACGUUCAACGAUGCCAAUAUCAACAUCAGCACCAGCUCCUGUUCCUGCAGCCGCACCUGUUUGCAAGGCGACCUCGUGUGCGAAACGUGCGACUGUCUGCCACGCUGCCCCACCGUCCGGGUGGAGAGCAUCAUAUCGUCAUCGCCGUGCAUCGAGGGUCGUUGCGGACAUCGUGGCAAGUGCAUGCACUACAUGAGCGGCGGCUUCGUCUUCUCGGCGUGUUACUGCACAGGCGGCUAUCGCGGCUUCGACUGUGCGGACAACACGUAUGUUCUCAGCACCAGUGGAAUACUUCUGCAACUGCUCGCCCUCACCUUCAGUAACUUUGCUUUCCUUGGCUCGAUCUACGUUGCUGUAAAACGCGAAUACUUCACCGAAGCGGUCGCCUACGUCGCGGUCAUGUUCUUCUCCACGUUCUAUCACGCAUGCGAGGCCGGCGAGGAGGUCUACAGUGUGUGCAUCAUGCGAUUAAGCGUGCUACAAUUCUGCGACUUCUUCAAUGCGUUGCUCGCUAUCUGGGUGACCUUAGUGGCGAUGGCGUCAUUCGGCCCACGAUUGACCGCUUUCUGUCAGGUAGCUGGUGCGAUUGUACUCGCGAUGGGCGCCGAGAUGGACCGUACAGCACUCUGGGUGUUCCUACUGCCAGCCGUCACUGGUUCCGCCUUAAUCGGACUGUCCUGGGGGCUUAGAUGCAAGAGAAAGCGCACCAUCAGAUAUCCCUCGCGUCCGUAUAGAACCAUCUACUUCCCGGCCGGAGUUCUUCUCGUUACUCUAGGUCUUGUUUGUUACGCGUUUCUGCAAACGCGCAGGAACUAUUAUCUCAUUCAUAGUCUGUGGCAUAUCUGCGUGGCCAUAGGGGUUAUUCUACUUCUGCCGAAGCGCAAGUAUAUGAAGUAAAGUGGUCAAAGUGCCGCGUACGUAUCCAGGAGAGAUUUAAGGAGAUCGAAGAUAGUAUCGACAGUUAAGAGAUGUGAUAGUAGGUAACCAAAGACAUCAGGGAAAUUAUUACAAUACAAACACAGAUAGAUAUAGUCGACGAAUCGACUUUUGUACGACAGGAAUCACAAGCACCAGUUUUAAUUAUACAU